GGCUCCUGGGCUGAGCAUGCUGCAGGAGGGACAGCUGAUAAACUCUUGGUGUUGGCGUUGCCUGAUAAGGAAGUGAGACACUUUUGAGACAUGCAACGCGCCUUGCGAGACACUUGACGCAGUAGGACUGUUCUUUUUGGAGUUGCUUUGGCACAGCCUGUGCACAACCUGACUAUAAUGUUGCCUUGGAAGAAGAACAAGUUCGAGCUGAUCGAGGAAGACAAGCAGUCCAAGCACAAGGGCUACGCGGUGAGUCUGAACUACUCCGCGCUCACCACGCUGGCCAAGGCGUGUCCGGAGAGCGCGCUGAACCGGGUCGGGAGCAUGUUCAAGUCCAAGAGGAAAAAGGUGAAGAUCACGAGCGAGGACCCCACGUACACGGUGCUGUAUCUGGGCAACGCGACGACCAUCCAGUCGAAGGGUGACGGGUGCACGGAUGUGGCCGUGAGCAAGAUCUGGAACAAGAGCGAGAUGGGGAAGAGCGGCACGAAGAUGCGCCUGACGGUGAGCGCGCACGGGGUGCGCAUGGUGCAUGUGGACGAUCAGGCGCGCAGACCUGGACACCUUUACCUUCUGCACAGGAUCACGUACUGCGUCGCCGAUCCGCGCCUGCCCCGCAUCUUCGCAUGGGUCUACCGGCAUGAGAUGAAGCACAAGGCGGUGAUGCUGCGCUGCCACGCGGUGCUCGUGUCCCGGCCGGAGAAGGCGAAAGCCAUGGCGCUGCUCCUGUACCAGACUUCAGCCACGGCGCUGGCCGAGUUCAAGCGUCUCAAACGGCGGGACGACGCGCGGCACCAGCAGCAACAGCUGAUCGGAGAGCAGACCAUCCCGCUGGUGCCCAUGCGCAAACUGCUGAACGGCCAGUGCUGCUACAAACCUCCCGUGGAGCGCAGCAGGAGCGCGCCCAAACUCGGCUCCAUCACCGAGGACCUGCUGGGAGAGGAAGCCGAGGAAAAAGCCACGCAGUGUGAAUGCGAGGACGUGCUGGACACGGAUGAGGAGCGCGCGAGCAGCGAGAAACCCGGCCUGUGCCAGCUCAUUAGCGACCUGGGCGAGAUGGGCAUCGGGAACGACGUGCGGACUCUUAAAGCGGACCUCAGGGUGACCAGGUUGCUAUCUGGUGAGAGCACGAGCAGCGAGUCGUCUCUGGAGAACAAUCACGAUCCAGGCGCGCUCGGGUCCGACGAUGCGGACGCGCGGAAAGCUCCAGAGGUCGGCUGAGCCGCCAGUCGGGUCCAGGAGGAGAACCGUUACUCACUUGUAGUCAGCAUUUAUUUUUUUAUUCGUGCCAAUGUUGUUAUUAUCAUCCGUUUCACUUGAAAGACACACAAAGAGGGAGAGAGAGAGAGAGAAAGAGAGCGCGCGCUUGUGCUCUUCCAGGUUUGGAGACUUUGGACUGCACGAACAAGCCAUGUUUCCAUCCAAGACUUCUGAUCUAAGAUGACAUCCAAGGGUGUUUAUUAUUAUUAUUAUUAUUUUUUUUAUGGGUGAGCACAUGGGUUUAACAGAAAGCUAAAAUAUAAAAUCUGAUUUUCUUUGCAUUAGAAAAAAAAUCCUAAACAUACCUGUGGAAUACAAAGUAUUCAAAUCUAUACCAAUUGUCAAGAUAAUACAGAUAAAAAAAAAAAAAAAAGAUUUUCUUUAAAUUGGAAAAAAAAAAAUCCAGAUUAUAUCCCUGUGCAAUAAAGGCAUUCUAAAAUAUUUAAAAUCUAGAACAAAUAGCACAAUUGUCAUAUCAUUUGCAUUUGCUUAAAAAUAAUGCAUGCAAUAUAAAGUAUAAAUAUAAUAUAAUAUGGAAAUGCUCAUUAUGAGACCCUGGAUUAAUUGUUAUGCAAAGUCGAUAAAGGAAAGUGUUGCUGAAGGCUGCCAUGUCUAGCAAAAGUCGAACACUGGAUUUCAUUUUAUUCUAAAACGGAAACAAAGUCAACGGUUGCCUGCUACACCCCCUGUAUCUGUAGUUUAGGCAGUAAAGUGUUACAGAAAUGACACACAAGCAAGGAUGUGAUGUGUUUGUCACGAAAAGAAAAAAAAAAAGCACAGGUCACAGGUAUCUUUGUGAUGGUUUUUGUGGUUGUUCACUUGGUGGCUAAAGGUUGAAUUGAAGUCCCAGCUGUAGAGAGAAUGAAACCAAGACACACAAUCGACCUCAGACUGAGAAGCUGGGACAAAGAGUAAUGUGUGAUAUAAAAAUACUUUUCAUUACAUUAACAUUAAACAAAGUUUUACAUUCAAGAUUGUUUACCCAAGUCAUUUCCAUGAUGGAAAUGAUCCUCCUUUAAACAAUAACAACAACAGUCGUAAAUAUAUGUGUAUACACGUGUCAAUUGGACGACUCACUUCAACUAUCCGAAUAAUGCUAGCUAUGUUCAGGACAUUCCGUUUUGACUUCCUUUGUUUUUUUUUGUUUUUGUUUUUUUUGCACUGUUGUGUAUCUACUUCGUUAUGUUAAUGAUGCUGUAUACAACAUUGUUACAUUCUAAAUAUUCUUAAACAACAACAUAAACAACAACCACAACAACAACAACAAAAAACAAAUCUAUGUUCUUAUCUUUGCUGUGCAAAAGAGACAAAUAUGUAAUGUAUUGAGAUGUAAAUAUUCCUAAUAUGUAUUAUUUUUUAAAGAGGUUAAUGUUUGUUGUUUUUGUGUAUCUUGGAAAAAAAGGCCAAUAAUAAUAAUAAUUAUAAUAAAAAGAAAAAAAAAAUCAUAGAACAUUCUUAUUUUCA